AUGAAGCUGUUGAAGUUGCUGAUGCAGAACGACAGCAUUAGAAUCCUGGCGCUGAAGUUUUACAAGCCGGACCGCUUGGAAGACGAAUUGCUGCAAUGUGCAGAGACUAUUACUCUCGCACUAUACAAAGACAAAGAACAGUCUGCUUCUCUCGGGACUUUCAGAUACAAUUUGUUUUCUACAAACUUCGCAAAGGCAAAAAGAAAACGCCCCUAG